AUGGUCAGUCACAGGAUAUCCUCUCGUCAUUGCCCGAAUAUCUGGAUGUUUCCAGCCUCUACGGCAUUGCCAGCGUGGUUGGCUUCCUCCUGGCCGGCUCCCUCAUUUUUGCGCUGGCACGAGAUGGCCGAAGAUCAUAAAACAUUGGUUGGGCCAUACGAGCUACGAGGAGAGUGGUACCGAUCGUCAACCAGUUGUCUCAAUCCCCUCAUUCUACCACGCCCCUCGAGCCCCUCUCUAAACAAACUCUACAACCAGAGGCAUCUGUGCCGGCAGCUUCAAGAUAUAAUAGUUCCCAUUCAUGUUCGCGACGGUCGCUCAGUCAACAUCACGGUGCCUAUCCAAGCUCAUCUUCCAGGGAAGCGUGGUGAAACAGUGCCAGGCUGGUAAGAUAACCAGUUCGGCAGACUAUGUCAUCCGGAAUCUGCUUUUUCCCAUUGAACUUGUUCAAUCAAGACAGUCCCACCUGGCUCAAAAAUGAUGCUUGAACAUAAGGGAACCUACCCAAAGUCACACUGCCUGGUGUAUAAGCUCAGCUCUUCUGAGGGAGAUCGAUCAGGCUUUGGCAACAGAGAAAAGAUCUCUUCUAUCUCCCCCUGAAACCUAAGGAACAUGUGAGUGAAAGGGAUGGGAUUGGAAGAAGGCAGACAGUAGAAUGUAACUGAUAGCUUGCAUUACCAUAGAGAGUUUUGGAAACGAGGUUGGGGUGAACCGUCAAACAUCGAGAUGGGCCAAGGGAAAUGCCAUG